AGUUCGCGGCGAGACGCCAUUGCCCGCCCUCGCUCGCUCCCCGCCGCCCCCUCUCCUGUCUCCGUCCUCGGCCCUAAUCGCAUUUGCUCCGCCCCCACCAACCCCCCUUCCCCCUCCCUGGAAGGAAGGGAGGAUCCCGGCCGGCGCCGCCGUGCCAGCGCCGCAGGAACCCGCCGCCGGCAGCGGGGCGCCUCAUUCCUCUCCCCUCCGAAUCAAGGGUGCUGGCUGCCAACAUGGAGACAUAUACUACAGAUGACGCGCUCACAAAGAUGGGGUUUGGGAGAUCCCAAGCACUUGUUCUUGUCUAUGCUGGCAUGGGUUGGGUCGCAGAAGCCAUGGAGCUCAUGCUGUUGUCGUUUCUUGGGCCAUUCGUACGAGAGCAGUGGAAUAUCUCCCCACAGAAUGAGAGCAUGCUUUCAAGUUUUGUCUUUGCUGGAAUGCUGAUAGGUGCCUGUGCUUGGGGCUUUGUUUCUGACAAAUAUGGGCGGAGGACUGGUUUAUUGUUUUCAACUAUGUUUACUAGUGGAAUGGGUUUUCUAAGUGCUUUAUCUCCUAACUACUUAUGCUUGGUGGCUCUUCGGUUUCUCGUUGGAGUAGGAGUGGGUGGCAGCCAUGUGUUUAUAUCUUGGUUUUUGGAGUUUGUUCCUGCACAAAAUCGUGGCACUUGGAUGGUUAUUUUUUCCCUUUUCUGGACACUCGGCACAAUCUUGGAGGCUUCACUUGCAUGGGUUGUAUUACCGGCAUUGAAUUGGAGGUGGCUACUGGCUUUGACCGCCCUUCCAUGCGUCCUCAUGCUUCCUUUCUUUGGACUUACACCUGAGUCUCCGCGCUACCUUUGUGUACAAAAUAGAAUGGCCGAUGCAACUGCUGUCCUGGAGAGAAUGGCCAGUGCAAAUCAAUCAGAUCUUCCUCCAGGAGUUCUCAUAUACAAUAGAGAAACAAAAACUGACCAUGGCAAUCUUGCUUCCGAGAGUGAGUGUCUUCUUCCUGUCAGACAGAAGGAAUGCAAAGUUGACGAUGCUGUGAGCUCCGAAUCUGGCAGUCUUGCUGCAUUGCGCACGCUAUUAUCGCGCGAUCUGCUCAAAUCAACCCUUCUUCUUUGGUUUGUUUUCUAUGCAAAUUCCUUUGCUUAUUACGGGAUAGUAUUGCUGACAUCGCAAUUGAGUGAUGCAAAUAGAAGCUGCGCAUCUGGUGUGAUAUUUGGCCUGCACCAAAAAGAUACCAAUAUUUAUAAAGAUACUUUCAUCACUAGUUUAGCAGAAAUCCCAGGUUUAAUUCUGUCCGCUGUUCUCGUUGAUUGGUUUGGCCGAAAAGCUUCAAUGUGGUCUAUGAUGUUCGCAUGCUGUGCUUUCCUUGGACCACUUGUAUUUCAUCAGAAUGAGUUGUUGACAACUAUUCUUCUAUUUGGUGCUCGUGCGUGUGCCAUGGGGAGCUUCACAGUUUUGUGUCUUUAUGCUCCAGAGGUGUAUCCAACAUAUGUGCGCUCAACCGGUUCUGGGAUUGCAACUGCCAUUGGUAGAGUUGGUGGGGUCGUUUGCCCUCUUGUUGCCGUUGCUUUGCUGGGGAGCUGCCACCAGAUGGAAGCACUCGUGGUGUUUGAGGUGGUCUUGUGCCUUGCUGCAGUUGCUUGUAUGUUCUUCCCUGUAGAGACCAAGGGCCGUGGAAUGGAUUAAUUUUACAAAAUCACACUGCGUUUUCCUGAUGAGCUUGUAGCUUUAGUUCAUCACCAUUUUUAUCAAUUUCUACCAUCAUUGUAUAUAGAUGUAAUAAAUAUGGUGUGUCUGCGAAGCUGGAUAGUUCCUCAAAAUAUAUGCAGGACUUUCCAAACUUGUUAGACACUUCCAUGUGGAUUCUGUACCCCUAAAUAUUGAAAAGCAAACUUCUGCAUCUGUAGUGCGUUUCGGGAAGAAAAAAAAAAGAGGUUUGCAUGCCGAGUUAUAUUCC